UCCAAAAACCCCUUCUCUUGAUAGCCACAAUAUGUCUAUCAUUGCUUCUUCAUCACUAGUUCCUCCUUCAAAUCCUAAUAUUGAUGCCACAGCCAAUUUGGAUCGACAAUCUGCAGAUUUUCAUCCUUCUAUUUGGAAUGAUUAUUUCCUUCAAUAUGCUUCUGACGGUUUGGGAGUUGAUGAUGAAAUGAACAAAAAUAUUGAAACAUUGAAAGAAGAAGUAAGGAAGAAGCUUGUCUCUACUGUGGAGAAACAAUUGAAUAAAGCUGAAGUGAUUGAUUCAAUUCAAUGUUUGGGUUUGUCAUAUCAUUUUGAACCUGAGAUUGAUCAAAUGUUGAAGCUGCUUCACAAUGAUUAUGUUGAAAAUAACGAAAUAACUUACAUUGAAGAUCUCCAUUCUCUAGCCCUACUCUUCAAGUUGCUGAGGCAACAUGGGUAUGCUGUUUCACCUGAUGUGUUCAACAAGUUCAAGGAUGAGAAAGGAAACUUCAGUGAAUCACUUACUACAGAUGUUGGAGGAAUGAUAACAUUGUAUGAAGCUUCUCAUCUGAGUAUUCAUGGAGAAGACAUUUUAGACGAAGCACUUGCCUUCACCUCCCAUCAUCUUCAAUCCUUCACCAUUGAAUCAUCAAACCCUUUUCUUGCAGCUAAACUCAACCAUGUCUUAAAGCAGUGUCCAUGUAGGGGAAUAGCAAGAUUAGAGGCACGAAAAUACAUCUCAAUCUACCACCUACAUCCUUCCUAUCAUGAAGUUCUUUUGACCUUAGCAAAAUUAGACUUCAACGCACUCCAAAAACUGCACCAGAAAGAAAUUGCCAACAUUUGCAAAUGGUGGAACAGUUUGGAUGUGCAAAAUCUAUCAUAUGUAAGAAACAAGGUUGUGGAAAAUUACUUCUGGGCUCUCGCGACUUCUUAUUUUGAGCCUCAGCAUUCAAAAUGCAGAAGCAUCAUAGCCAAAGAAUUUUGUUUCUUAACUAUCAUUGAUGAUAAAUUCGAUGUUUAUGGAACCAUUGACGAACUAGAACUCUUCACCGACACAAUUGAGAGGUGGGAUAUUAGUUGCUUGGAUGACUUCCCUGGAUAUAUGAAGCUUAUUUAUCAGGAAUUGUUGAAUAUUUUUGAAGAAUUAAUAGAUGGUGAGGACAAGGGUAAAGAAGGAAGAUCAUACACUGUUGACUAUAUAAUAAAAGAUUUUAAAAGGGUAGUGCAAGCCUACAUGACAGAAGCCAGAUGGUUAUAUAGAAACUAUACACCAACAACAGAGGAGUACUUGAACGUAUCGACAAUAACUUCUUGUUUUACAUUCCUAUCCAUAUCAGCUUUCAUUUAUAUGAGAGACAUUGCAAGCGAGGACAUUUUCAAAUGGAUACAGACCCAACCUAAAAUUAUCGAAGCUGCUUCUGUUAUUGGCAGGCUUAUGGAUGACAUAGUCUCCAAUGAGUUUGAGCAGAAAAGAAGGCACAUUGCCUCUUCUGUAGAAUGCUAUAUGAAGGAGCAUGGAGUGUCAAGGCAAGAAACCAUAGAGGAAUUAAGGAAGAUGAUCAAGAGCACAUGGAAAGAUAUUAAUGAGCAAUGUCUCAGACCAACUCAAGUACCUAUGCCUUUUCUUAUGAUAGUUCUGAGUCAUGCUUGUUUCAUCGAAACGAUGGACAAGGAUGCUGAUAAUUACACUCAUUCUGGAGGAAUCAUGAAGGAUUACAUUACACUAUUGUUUGUGGAUCCUGUGCCAAUAUGAGCACAAUAGAUUAGGGCUUACUUCUUUCUAAAACGUGUCUCAUGGCUUUGGCUUUAUUUAAGGGUUUGAGAAAGAAACUGUGUGAUGUAUUGUGUUAAUUAUGUUUUAAUUUGUCCAUGAAAUUUGUCAU